AUGCUCGCCAGGCGCUCCACCACACUGCCACGCGCCCUUCCUCUCGCCACCUUGUCGCUUCCAUGCUUUCUCGCCGCUUCCAGCGCCCGCCACCACCGCGCCACCAUGCCGCCGUGCCGCCGGGGAUCUUCGGGGUACCGCGGCGUUCGCGAGCGCCCCAACGGCUGGUACUCCGCCGAGAUCCGGUCCGGCGACGUCAGGCUCAGCCUCGGCUCGUUCCGGACCGCGCAGGAGGCAGCCCGCGCGUACGAUGCGGCGGCGUGGCGCCUGGAGAGGCCCCAUUCGCAAAUGAACUUUCGGGACGUCCACACGCGUGAACAGGCGCAGACCGUCGCCCCUCCACCUUGUCUGAUCACGGACCAAGACCAUGCGGACCAUGUUCGGCUGCAGCGCCGCCUCCUCAUCCCCGAGGAGGACGAGCGAGCCAUGGCGGAGUGGCGCCUGCGCCACCCGGAGGACGUCGCCAACGAGCGCGCCUACUGGGCGGAGAGGACGGCAAGGCGUCGCGCGGAGCGGGCGGACCGGUGUCGGCGGAAGGCAUUGGCGAUAUCGCAGUGCGAUACCAUUGAAGCAGGUGGGAGGUCUAUCUUCACGUCAGACGAUGAACGUUGGGACGACAUAUGA